AUGUGCCGUGGUGGUACAAUCCUUCAACAGUUGUAUCAGAUGGGGAAGAUUCCGGCGGUGAUUAGUGGUUCAAUUAGCGAGGCGCAGCUGAAGAGUGGAGAUCUGUGUGGGGUGGGCGAGACGUACUGCGGGGCGUUCACCAAAUAUUUCAACGCUUUACCGAGUCUUCUUAUUAAGGCUCUGGGUUACCUUCAUGUUACGAUUCCUGAGUUCUGCCCGAAGGGUGUGUGUAAGACUUCAGGUGUAGGCGAGUCGGUGGCCGCGUCCUUCGUCGGAUUGGCGGCCUUCUUGUAUGCGGCCCUGUAG